CAUGAUGAACCGGAGAAUGCACAUUUACGCUGUUAUGCCGUGUAAGCUGUUUCUACCAUUGUUGUUGUUUUGCAUAGAUGCCUGUCAUUGUGCAGCCAUACGUUGUGUCACAGAAAUCACCGUCAAAUGGGAAAUAAGAGGCAGUAAAGAAAGAUAUUUUGUUUUUGCUAGUUGUCUGCGACUGCAAGGAUGUCUAUUUCUACAAGGUGAACGCUGUGUGGGAACAUCAUAACAUUGUUCAUAGUUAACUCGUCCUCUCAUUUUUGUAUCAUGAAUCCAUCACGAUUGGACUGAAGAGUGUGCCUAUGCAUCAUCGUGUUGCGGACUCUAUUUUGUCUUUUCGCUCCGGUGGAGUUCGGGUGCACGAGUGUGCUUCAUAAGUUCAUAUAUAAUGCAUCGCAUCGGCCCACGCACGCUGGUGCAUUCAGUGAGAUUUUGUGGACUUAUUAUCUUUUUUUAGAUGGUGUGGACUUAUUAUCUGUUUUUUGGAAGGGGUGGACUUAUUAUCUUGGUCUCCACCUCAUAUAUGUGUUAGUCCGUGUGCUCGUAGCCUCGUAGUUUCGCCUUUGGAGCACAAGCCCAAGAGGAAUAGCCCAACGCACCAGCGCAAACGAUUCCCUGGCCCAUGGGUGAGAACUGACAGUAGCCCAUCUCACCAGGGAUGCACGGCCGAACCCGCACCAGUCACCACUCCACCGCGUUCCGCUCAAAAAGAAAAAAAAAAACACUCCACCGCUAAAAAAAACCAGUCACCACUCCACUCCACCACUCCCCCGCCCCUGUCGUUCCCCUGUCCCUCGACACGCCCCCGAAUCCCUAGACAGAAACCCCAAUCCGGUCCGGCGACCCAACGCGGGCUCGAUCCUUUCGCCAUGAGCCUGCCGCCGUCGCCGCAGCGCUGCCGCCGUUCGCCGACGGCGCUGAUCGACGACGCCAUGAGCGAGAUCUUCCUGCGCAUCCCGCCGGACGACCCCAAGAGCCUCGUCCGCGCCGCCGCCGUCUGCACGGGCUGGCAGGCCAUCCUCUCCAAGGUCGUCUUCACCCGCGAGUACCGCGCAUUCCACGGGGCGCCACCGAUGCUGGGCUUCCUCCACAACGAGAUCCGCGAGAUGUCGUUCGGGAGAGGGAGAAACAAGCAAGAGGAAGCGUUCCUGGUCUCCUGCUUCGUCUCCACCGCCUCCUUCCGCCUGCAUGCGGGCCACGAGCGCCGCCACUGGGAAGCUCUCGACUCCCGCCACGGCCUCGCCCUCUUCCACACUCCUCAGAGGGAGGAGGACUUCGUCAUCUGCGACCUCGUCACCUACGACCGCUGGAGAAUUGACGCCAACCUCCAGUUCCCCAGCGCCAUCUGGGAAGAUCAUGAUGACGACGACGACGAGCACAUAACCUGGAGUGCCGCAGUGCUCUGCGCCAAGGAACAAUGCAGGCACAUCUACUGCCAUGGCGGCCCUUUCCUCGUUGCCGUCGUGGGCGCCGACGAGCAAAAGGGGAUAACCUUUGCCUCCGUAUACUCAUCGGUGACUCACAAGUGGAGUGACAUGAUCUCUAUUGACAAACCGCAUGCCAUUGAUAUGAUGGGGCACAGUGCCGUUGUGGGAAACAAGGUCUAUUUCCCCUGUCAGGAGACCGACAGUGUCGUGGAGUACGACAUGGCUGAGCAAGAGCUGUCUGUGAUUGAUACACCAUUUGAGGAGGAGCAGAUUGACCUUGUGGGGGUUGAGGAUGGCAUGCUGCUGUUUGCGGCUGUGCAGAACACGAGGCUGCACCUAUUGUCAAUGGAGGCUGGCCCCGACGAACCUGAGGAAUGGGCGCGAAGAAGGGUCGUUAACCUCAAACCUUUGCUCCCUACUCCUGCCCUACUAUCGGUUGUAUCGGUGGUUGGUUUCGCACAAGGUCUUGGUCUCAUCUUUCUGAAUACAGAGGCUGGGUUAUUCACUGUUGAGCUUUAUUCAGGCCGAACAAAGAAGGUAGACAAAGAUACAUCUUUCAGAAAAGUCAUCCCUACAUGAGCUUCUACACUAAAGUGUGGGGGCGGGAGCCGACCUCUGACUAAGCUUCCGUGCAGUUGUUGGUGCUACAACGACGUAAUCAGAUGGCGUCAGGACGGAUGAAUUGUUUCACCUUUUGCUGCCACAAAUAAUUUGAAGUGGACCUUGGUGUUGGACAGUUUGGUUAGGGCGGAUGGCCUUACUUUGUAGUUUGUACUUGUGCCUUGUGUGUGGACUUGAGCUCGUUCGUUUGAAUAGUUAUGUCUUUAAGACUUUAACCCCUGGUUGGGCGUUUAUGUUUAUGUUUCACCUUGAAACAAA